AUGGGAACCGUACGAGUUCUCUCUACUGAUACAAUUAAGGCAACAAAAUCAAGUGAUCAAACGAUCCAUUUGACUCCAUGGGAUCUCCGGUCACUACUUAUUCCAACCAACAAAAAGGGCCUUUUUUAUCACCAUCCGGUUGUAUCUAACCAAAUCCAACGGCUGAGACACUCUCUAUCUUCAACCCUUGCCUUUUUCCAACCUCUUGCCGGCCGUCUCAAAAUAACGGAAUACCAAGACAAAACUGUCUCGUGCUCCGUUAUAUGCAACAAUGCAGGUGUACUCUUUGUCCAUGCCAGAUCAGAGAAUACUUGUGUUGCUGACAUUCUAGAACCCACCUACGUACCACCAAUUGUUGAUUCAUUUUUUGCUUUAACCGAUGUUAGAAGCUACGAAGGCACAUCAAAACCAUUGUUGGCAGUUCAAGUAACUGAGUUAAUUGACGGUAUUUUCAUUGGUUGCUCAUUUAACCACGCUGUCAUUGACGGAAAGUCUGUGUGGCAUUUCAUCAAUUCUUGGGCUGAAAUCUCACGUAGUUGUUGUCAUCAUCAAAUAUCUAAACCUCCAACACUAGAACGUUGGUUUCCGGAUGGUGUUCAACGGCCAAUACGAUUUCCUUUCACUUUGGAGCAACAAAAGAAUCACUCUGAUGGGUUGAGUUUUUUGUCGUUAGAUGAUGAAAAACUUUGUUUCUCAAAUAGAAUAUUUCAUUUCACAAAAGAGAAAAUCGUACAGCUGAAAUUAAAAAUCAAUGAAGAGAUUGGUACCAUCAAAAUAUCUUCUCUACAAGCGCCUUUAACUCACCUUUGGUGCUGUGUGAUGUGUUCCAAAAAAAUUGACCCACAAGAAGAAGUGGUUAAUAGAAUCGUGAUAGGAGUUGGACCAAGGUUAGUUCCACCAUUACCAGAAUAUUAUUUUGGAAAUGCAGUUAUAAGUUGUAUGGUUAAAAUGACAGCUGGGGAGUUGUUGAAGGAAGGUGGACUUUGUAAAGGUGCUUGUGAGAUGAACAAGUUAAUUGCUUUACACACUGAUGAGAAGUUGAAGAAUCACUAUGAGUCUUGGUUAAGAAAUCCAAGCUUUAGUAACAUGCCAAAAAAGAAUUUCAUAGCCAUUAGCAGUUCUCCGUGGUUUGAUGUUUAUGGUAAUGAUUUUGGAUGGGGAAAGCCUGUAGCAGGUCGUGGUGGAUAUAAAGCAAAUGGACUUAUUACAGUAUUUGCCGGAAUAGAAGAAGGUAGUAUUGACCUUCAAGUUUGUCUUCCAUAUGAGAUUUUGGAGGCAAUGGGAAAUGACCCUCAAUUCAUGGAUGUUGCGUCCAACUAAUGCAACAUGAUGUGUGUAAAAUCAAUUUGGUACAAUAUCGUUGAAAUGCUUGAAUUUGUUUUUUGUGUGACAACCCUUGAAUAAUUUUUUAGCUCAGAUCUUAGUUUGUGUUCCAUUAUCAAUGGUAAGAAGUUUUCAUCUCCA